AUGCACACCAGGCCGAGCACUAUGCCCCUACGGCCCUCGACCUCAACCUCUGCCGUCACUUCUAACUCAAGCCGUGACGGAGUCUACAAAGAGUUCUACCAAAACAGCACCGCUCCUCGCAUCAAAAGCGACGUAGUCCUCGUCGAAGCACUUCGCAAGCAAUACCCCUCACUUCACGUCACCGUCGUUCCUAGCUACCAAUGCAAUUUCCUCGUGUACGCCGCAACCGGGCAUGCCAGCGCAACCCCCAUCGAUGCAGAGAAUGCCUCAACGGAGAACUUGAAACACAGACAAUAUACGGCACCGGCCAAGAGAAUGGAUGGCGGUUCGGGAUUCCUCUAUGACUCGGUGCAAUUCGGGAAAUGGAUGUAUAAGUGGGAGUCGAAAGAGUACAUUCUCUACUAUAUCGUCGGAUCCGACGGUCCCUACGAUAGCCCUAUGAACUACCUCCUUGGCUCCACGCCCAUGGUGAAUGACGAGCUCAUGCUCGCGGCAUGCAGAUGGCAAAACUCCAUCCGCAAGUCCGUCCUCGUCUUCGACGGUGGCUACUGGCAAUACAGCUCUGAGCUCUGGCAAAGCAUCCAGAAAGCGAAUUGGGAAGACGUCAUCCUAGACGCGGAGAUGAAAAAGAACAUCAUUGGCGAAGUUACCAAAUUCUUUAACUCGAAAGACCGGUACAAGAAGCUCCGUGUGCCGUGGAAGAGGGGGGUCAUUUUCCAUGGCCCGCCAGGGAACGGUAAGACGAUUUCCAUCAAGGCCAUGAUGCAUUCGCUCUACGAUAGGGAUGACCCAAUUCCCACGCUGUACGUGAGGAGUCUGGCGAGCUAUGGGGGCCCGGAGCAUGCGAUCAGUUUGAUUUUCAGGAAGGCGAGGCAAAUGGCGUCGUGCUUCCUGGUCUUCGAGGAUCUGGACAGUAUUGUCUCUGAUGCCGUCCGCUCCUAUUUCUUGAAUGAAGUGGAUGGGCUGCAGAAUAACGACGGCAUCAUGAUGGUCGGGAGUACCAAUCACCUCGAGAGGCUGGAUCCGGGUAUUAGCAAGAGGCCGAGCAGAUUCGAUAGGAAGUAUCUGUUUCCGGACCCCAAUAUGGAAGAGAGGGUGAAGUACUGUGAAUUUUGGAGAAAGAAACUGGACAGCAAUGAGGACGUGGAGUUUCCGAAGGCUCUCUGCGAGGCGAUCGCGGGCAUUACGCAGGGCUUCAGUUUUGCUUAUAUUCAGGAGGCCUUUGUGGCGGCGUUGUUGGUUAUUGCUAAUGGAGAUGCCGGCGAAGAGAUAAAGGGAGACGGGCCGUUUGGGAAGGAAUACGAGUACAAGCGGUGUGUUUGCAAGAAGUCGGAUUUCGAAAUGAUGGUGAGGAGCAAGGUGGAGGAUGAGAAGCACUUGGAGAAGUAUUUGCUUUGGAGGGAGAUAAAGAAGGUGAUCAAGACGCUGAGGGAGGAGCUGGAAAUGGAGAAGGGUGUCGGGGGUCUUGCAUGUGGCUCCGAUUGUGAGAAGAUUGGUACUUAG